ACCUAGUUCAAUAAAACAUUUACUUUAUCAGUAGCACGUUGAGACUCAGACGUAACGUCCGUAUUAUUCUGUUUAUAUUUUAAUUUUCAUUAUCAAAAUAUUUAUAUUGUUUAAAGUGUUUUUAUAAAGUGAACAUAAUGAUUGGAAUUGAGGAACAGUUCGUGGAUAUCCAAAAACCAAAAUCAUUAUUCGGUGCUCGGCACGUUCAAGUGUUGAUGCUAUUUCUGGCGAUGAUGAUAGCUUACGGAAUGAGAGUUAAUAUGACCAGCGCCGUCAUCGCUAUGACAAAUACGACCAAUGAUAAUUCUUUCGACUGGGACAUCAAGAUUCAGGAUAUGGUCGUCGUAUCAUUCUUCUGGGGCUACGGGUUCUUGCAAAUACCAGGCGGUGAAAUAGCUGGCAGAUUUGGCGGGAAAGUGGUCAUCGUUCUGUGUAUUGCAAUCAACUCGUUUAUUACCCUGUUACUACCGACAAGCGCAUACUAUGGUGAUUGGAAGGCACUUCGCGCUUGUCGCAUACUUCUCGGACUCUUUCAAGGAUUUCUCUAUCCAUCAGUGCACAAUCUUAUCAGUAAGUGGGUGCCUUUAGAAGAGAGGAAUCGCCUCGGGACCAUAAUAUAUUCAGGAGCUCAUUUGGGCGCGGCAAUGCAAUUUAUGGCGUCUAACGCCAUAGCAGAUUAUUGGGGAUGGCCAGCUAUAUUUUAUAUAAACGGCGGAUUGGGCGCGCUCUGGACUGCUAUCUAUUUAUACGUGGGCUCAUCUUCACCGAGAGUAUCCAAACGUGUGAGUGAAGAGGAAAAAUUGUAUAUACAAACCUCUUUAGGACAUGUUGGCGAAGAAAAGAAACUGAGGACACCAGUAAAAGCUACAUUCAUAUCACUACCAUUUAACGCGUUGAUAAUUGCGCACAGUGGCUACGAAUGGGGCUUUUGGAUUCUGACGACUUUAAUACCAAAUUUUAUGAGCCACAUGCUCGGAGUCGAUAUUACUGCGAAUGGCUUAAUGGCAGCGUUGCCAUAUCUGUCUCUGUAUAUCAUGAGCUUCCCAUUUGGUUUUCUAACAGAUUAUUUAGUAAAUAAGAAGUUGCUUAGCAUCACUGCAGCACGGAAACUGUCUUGCUCUAUAGGUUUCUAUGGUCCGGCUAUAGGAUUUAUAGUACUGGCAUAUGCCCCAGCCGAUGUUAAAAUAGUGUUAUUGAUACUUGCUAUCACAGCAGGCCUCAGUGCCGGCCACUACACUGGAUUUUUGUUGGCGCACUUGGACAUGGCCCCGAACUUUGCGGGCACGUUGAUGGGUGUCACGGACUACCUCGCCAGUGCCACCGGUGUGAUGGUACCGACGGUCGCUAGUCUCCUUAUGCAAAAUGAGACCGACCAGAUAGAAUGGCGUAAAAUGUUUUUCCUGACGUCAUUUAUUUACUUCGCUUGCAAUACUUUGUAUGUUUUAUACGGUACAUGCGAGAAACGGAAAUGGAAUGAACCUAAGAGUAAAUCAGCUUCUAAGGAUAAUGGCACACCCACACACCGCACGCACCGUCUGCGCCGACGGGGACGAAAACCCUCGACAUGCAGUUCGCGCGCGAUUAGAUACAGCAGAAACAAAAUCAGAGAAAAGUGUAUGAACCAGCAUUUAAUAUUGACAAUCAUUUGAAACAAUUAAAUAAUAUUUAUUUAUUUAUUUGAA